UUUACGACAGCGAUGCAGUGCGUGAUAGUCAUAACAACACUAGAGCACGCUCCUGAUUUGCACCUACAGACAUCAAUUCGCUGUAAUCGGCAGCCUCAAAUAGGGUUCUUUCUAAAGGGCAAUAUUAAGAGUUACAGGCCGUUUAGGAUCACCUGCACGAGACAGAUUAAACAAAAACCCUCCGGAUUAUAAAUGACUCAUUGAAAUAAACAGGCAACAUAAUCUCUCUGCACCAGAGAAACUUUAAAUUCCCUAAAUGGGACUUGGCAGAUCUCAGUGUAGCUCAGGAGUAAAACGACAUUUUUGAACGCACCAUUUUAAUCACUUUCCAGACAGCUGAUUUGCAAAUUGCAUGUUGUCAGACUAAGGUCUCCCCCACUACGAUUUUUCCUCCCAACGCGUUUUGCUUUUUGCACAGGACUACCACGUUGCCUCCGGUUUUAAAUCCAGCAUCCUUUAUGCUAUAUGUGAAAUCUCUCCCACCCCUCCGUCCAUAAACUGGCUCGACUGAAGAGCAACCAACCCCCAGGCACUAAAUGCACCAUGAUCAGGAGUGCUGCGUUUACUUCCUUACAGGAGGAAACCUCAGCGGACUGCAUUGCCAUUUGGAAGAUGAAUAGCUGGACAAAGUUGUUUUUCUUUUCCGGUCGCCUGGAUCAACUGUCCCCGCCUCCUUUCCCUCCCACCCAAACCCCUAGUCUGGAGCUUGUGUGGUACGUUCCGCACGUGAGCUGGGUGCUGGUCUGGCUGGCGACGCGCGUGCCCUGUGGCCAAACACUGAUCAGUGAGUGCAAACUACCAGCACAGUGUGUGACUGUGAGUGUAUGAGUGGGAGAGAAAGAGAGAGAGAGAGAGGGGAGGGAGACAAACUGCUUCACACUUUCCCUAGUGCACAAGAGAGACAGAGGCUGCAUGUGCACAGUUUUGCUCAAAGAUCUCCAAAGACUCUCAGCAUCCCACAGAUUCAAUCAAAAGCAACAACAAAAAAUCAGCUGUUGUCAAACAUGGAUGAAGGAAUCCCUCGUUUGCAAGACAGGCAGUUGCUAGAACAUGUGGAUUUUAUAGGACUGGACUAUCCAUCCCUGUAUUUGUGCAAACCCAAAAGAGGCAUGAAAAGAGAUGAGAGUAAGGAAACAUACAAACUGCCACAUAGAUUGAUAGAAAAGAAGAGGCGAGACAGGAUUAAUGAAUGCAUUGCUCAGCUAAAAGAUUUAUUGCCUGAGCAUCUGAAAUUGACGACAUUGGGGCAUCUGGAGAAAGCUGUAGUUUUGGAAUUAACUUUGAAACACUUGAAAGCUUUAACAGCCUUAACGGAGCAACAGCAUCAGAAUAUAAUUGCUUUACAGAAUGGGGAGCGGUCUAUGAAGUCCCCCAUUCAGUGCGAUCUGGAUGCUUUCCAUUCGGGAUUUCAAACGUGCGCCAAAGAAGUCUUGCAAUACCUCUCCAGGUUUGAGAGCUGGACUCCCAGAGAGCAGAGAUGUGCCCAGCUCGUAAACCAUCUGCACGCGGUUUCCACUCAGUUCUUACCCAGCCCCCAGCUGUUGACUCCACAGGUCCCCGUGAGCAAAGGAUCCUCCUCCUCCUCCUCCUCCUGUGCACAAGAUCGCACCGGGCAAAAGCUGGAGGCUCAGACUAACUGCGUCCCGGUCAUCCAGCGGACUCACCCGCCCGUGGAGCUCGGCGGGGAGAACGACACCGACACGGAUAGCGGCUAUGGGGGGGAGAGCGAGGGCCGGCCGGAUCGAGAGAAAGGCCAGGCGGCGGGGCUGCCCGGCCUGACGAUCAAACAGGAGCCGGCCGCGGACGAGGCCCCAGCGCCCAAAAGGCUGAGGCUGGAUUGCAGCAGCAGCGCCACCCUCCCUGCUGCCGCCGCCGCCGCCGGGCUGAGCCCGGAUCACCAGGCAGCGGCCGCCCUGCUGAGACCCGACGCCGCCCUGCUCAGCUCCCUCAUGGCCUUUGGCGGGGGCGCGGCUGCUUUUGGCCAGCCAGCCGCCGCCGCCGCCCCCCUUUGCCUGCCCUUCUACUUCAUCUCCCCCUCCGCGGCCGCGGCCUACAUGCAGCCCCUGCUGGACAAGAGCAACCUGGAGAAAUAUCUGUACCAGGCCGCCGCCCCCAUCCCUUUGCUCUACUCCGGAAUCCCGGCCCAGGCCGCCGCCGCCUUCCCCUGCCUGUCCUCGGGGCUGGCGCCGGCUGAUAAAGCGAACGCAGCCGCCGCCGCCGCCUCGGCCCUUCUGCCCCUUGACCUGGUCUCCCCUGGGCAGCACCUGCCCCAUCUCUUCGCUGCCGCCUGCGAGACCGGGCCCAGCCUGGACAGUGACCUUCCCUCCCCGGAAGAUCUUCUGCAGCCCGGAAAGGAAAGCCCCUGAACUGGGCUACAGGACAUAGAAGUCAGCCCACCCAUGCUCCCGAGUAGGGAGGAAGAAGGAUCCCACCCUAAUGAAUAAGAACAGCAACAAUCAGAAACAGCCCACCCACCCACGUCGUGGUUUUUAAGGGGAAAGUGUAAUAGGUCUGCACGAUGUUUCUGUUGUGGUUGUUUCAUUUCUUUGGUGUUCUCUCCUGCUGCGUUUCUUCCCUCACCCCCACCCAACUCUGCUGCUGUAAAAAAAGAUCCUUUGCAUUUCUGUGUUUCACAGAGAAUCACAAAUUGUCUCCACAUUUACCGAAAGGGAGCAAAUAGAAAUAGGCUUCAAAUCAACGUUUUGUAAGCCAGAGGGUCAGAUUCAGUUUCUGACCCAAAGUGUCAGUGACGUCUGAAAGUGGGUAGGCAAAAAAAGUUGCCCUGGGAGCCACAGACUAUGGUUAUGGCCUCUCUAGAGAUGUGUAUUAAUAAUAAUAUAUAGAAGCAAAUGAAGAUCAUACAGUAUCUGACUCCAAGUAGGGUGGAGAUGCUUGAGAAUCUUUAAGGAUUAAAUUUGCUACUCAGUAUUUUUUUAAUGUUUGGCUUUAUAAAUGCAUAAAUAUGUUUAAAAACAAAAAAGAAAAAAUAGUAAGGAUACGCUUUUCUCUCAAGUAAACGUCGCACCUUAUUUUGAAAUGUUUUUCUGUAGUAUAUGUUCCACUUAGUAAUUUGCACUUGUUUAAAGAGACUUGGAUUGGUUCAUUGUCAGAAUGGGGGAGAGGGGACAGAAAGAGAAGGUGAGUUUUAGGUACAUACAUUUGCACUUUAUUGAGAAAUGGACCAUGAAUGAAUUGACUGUUGAGCCCAGUCCUUCAGUGCUUUGAGUACCCAGAGUUGCUAAUGGCUUCAGUCAGAGUUUUGGAUGUGCAAGGAAUAGAGGAUCAGGCCCAUGCUAUGAUUUCUUCUUAGCUAAGGUAUAGAGGUAUGGCAAGUGCAUUUGUCCUUAUUUAAUUUCAGUAUUUUCCUGAGUUUUUAUAACCUUGCUUUAUAAAACAAACAUUUCUGCACUGAACUACAAAAACAAAAUAAAUAACUGACAACCCUGAACUAAUUUUAUCCCAAAUUAAAAACUGGAGGAAAUUAUUAAACAUCUCAGUUUUUAAUUGGAAAUGCUUAGAAGAUAUGGGAUAAGGUCCCAUGCAGUCCUUCUGUCUCCAAAUAUCGUGAUUUCCCUUUCUGGAGACUGUACAGAUGCCAGAUAAUCACACAGAUAAAGCUUUAUUAAUAAGGCUUAAAACAAGACCUUGCCUAGAUAUUUUUAGUUUGUUGCCAAGGUAGCACUGUGAGAAAUCUCACUUGAAUGUUAUGUAAGAGGUGAGACACAACUGUCUGAUGGAGUGAAUAAGUAUCCUGGGUCUGUUAGUCAGUUUGAUUGCAUUUGCUGCUGCUGUUGCUACUGUUUGCCUCAAACGCUGUGUUUAAACAACGUUACAAAAAAAUCUUACUAGCCUGCAGAAUGGCUGUAUGUAAAUAGUUGUUAAUACAUCCAAUUAAUGAUGUCUGACAUGCUAUUUUUGUAGGGAGAAAAUGUGUUUAUGAUAUUUUGAGUUAAAUAUCUUUUGGGGAGGAUUUGCUGAAAAAAGUUGCACUUUUGUUACAAUGCUUAUGCUUGGUUCAAGCUUAUGCUGUCUUAAAUUAUUUAAAAAAUAAAUACUGUCUGCAAGAAAACAGCUGUUUUAGAACAGUUUAGUAUGUGAUAUAUUAGAAAUCAAUCUUUAUAAUUCAGUAUUUUCCAGCACUCCACAAAUUCUAUUAUCUAAAUAUUUACACACUAUUUUGUGAUUUUAAAAAAGUCUUACUAAGGAAUAAAAGCUUUAAUACACAACAUGGGUUUGUCUAGUAAUUAAAAAUUUCUAGAUUAAUACAGCAUAAUGGAUGCAUAGAAACCUUAAAAAUGUCUAGUUGUGUGAAUGUAGAUAGCAAUUUAUUUUGUUUAUGAAUAUUUUAAAGAUGGUUUUGCAUUUGCUUACUUUCCUUUGACUGAGUUUUAAUUAAUUGUAUUUUAUAGUGUGUACAUUACACAAAGCACUGCAUAAAGCAUGCAUGCGCACACAUUUCUAAUUAUAUUUUAAAUUGUUCUAUACUUUUUUGCAGUAUAUUCAUUCUACAUUUUAAAAUGAUAAAAUGUAACAUAAUUCACACUAUAGAUACUGUACAUCUUUAGUAAUUGUCCACAAUUAUUAGACUUUAAUUAUCAGAUUUUUUAUGACAGGUUGAUGACAUUAGUUUCAUAAAUGUUAGGGAAAUAAUGUAUAUCUGAAACUGGAAAUACUGUAAAAAGCUCAAUUUUAUAGGGACACAAUCAAGUAUGGGAAAAUAUUCCUCUAAAGACUUUGACAGUUUUAAUAUUGAUGAGAUUUGGAGCAUUAUCCUGUUCAUGAGAAAAUAAUUUUUUAAAAAGUAGGGAGAGUUUAUGUAAGAUAUAAAUAUAAAAACAAUGUUUUGUGCUCCCUCUACUGGUUCUUCAGUACCAAGUACCAAUUAACAAUCAAGGUGUUUUCAUAGCUGCACUGACAUUGGAUCAAGCUGGAGUACAAAUAAAGUAGCAAAUUUUCAAAAAAAAAAAAAAAAAAAAAAAAGAGUGGUGGGGUGGGGUGGGCAUGUUAAUUUCAAUCUCCCUUAGAAAUAAGGGAAUAAAAUAAAGAAUUCAGGUAACAUGUUUUUUUAAACAACUCAGAUGGUAUUACAAGAUUACAGAUGGUAUUACAAGCAAGUAAGUCUACAUAGUUUUAUAGUAAACCUAAGCUAAACUAAUUCACUAUAGACAGCUAGAUGAACCAAUUAAUGAUAUAAAACUAUGUAUACAUUUUCAUUACUUGUAAUGUCUUCUGAGAGUUUAUCUUAAAGUAUUAAUAAUGGACCAGAUCCUGCAACCAGGUGUAAGUAAUCCUGUUGAAAACAGUUAUUCAUGGGUUUGAUCCAGAUCCCACCAAAGUCUGUGGAAAGACUGCCAUUGACUUCAGUGGUCUUUGGAUCAGGUUCUUUGCCUGGGAUUUCAAUCCAGUCAGAGGAGCGAAAUUCAAUUAGGCUUUCAUUAAACACAAAAAUACUCAACCUGUCUCAAUGGGUGGGCGAAAUUUAAUGGGGCUUGUGGUGAAAGGAAACAGUCCUAGCAGCAAGAGAGGGAGACUCCUACCCAUAGGAGUCUCUGGUACUCUGGCCAGCUAGGAGAGAGGGUGCUAAUUGGCCAGCAUACCUCAGCUUCUGGGAUUUAACCUAGAACGGGGCCCAUAGGGAGCCCCUUUCAGCUCCAUUCCAGCAGCCCCAUGCUACCCACCCUGAACUAGGAAUGGGAAUCUGGCCUGACAGAUGCUAUGGAUCAAGCCAAUUGUUGGUUUGGGGGUCAGGAAGGAUCUUUUUCUCCCAUGGAUCAAUUGGCAGUGGACGAGAGAACUUUUCACCUUCAAGCCACAGUGGAUUAAGUAGGAAUGUGCUUAGUACCUAAACAAGGUACUGGGGGUUGAGUUCUUAAUUCAUUGCAACUUGUGGUCAGUUUCCAGUGCUCUUAAGAGGAUAAAAUGAACAGUUCCCAGAGCUCCAAGACCUGGGAUUUUGGAGAUGGGCCUUGGGCUCAUGGGAUAGAGUGAAACCUUGUGGCCUUCGCGGGCUGAGGUCCCCGCCCUUCUGCAUCUAGCUGUCUAUAGUGAAUUAAUUUAGCUUAGCUUUAUUCUGUACCCCUCACUGGGCAGAAGGUGUUAGGGCUCAGAAAGCUGUGUCCUGGGAGUUAGACUGAGGAGAGCCUGCCCCAACCUAUGGGUUAUCUGGUAGGAGCCUUGUAAAGCCUUAGCUUUAUUUGAAUAAAUUCUGUUUUCAUGUUUUCUUGCAGUUAAAAAAAUAAACAUGAAAUGAAACUGA